ACCUAACCUAAAAAUUGUAAGUAGUUGUAUUGAUACGCUGUUGAAUACCACUAGUUUUAGUUAUUCGUAUUUGUUGUAUUGGUGUAGGAGUUGAUAGCUGGUUCCAACGUGUAUAAGGGAUGGAUGUAUUGGUGAAAUGGGAAGAUAACACUCUAAAUGUGGUUGAGUCUGAUAAGUUAGUACCUGUUAUAGUAGGCAAAAGUUUUGUAAAGGCGUAAUGGUUAAAAUGCUCUACGGCGGUAUUUGGUAUAAUGGUCAGGUGAUCGACACAGAAGCAACUUCCACUUCCGAGAGUGACAAUGAACCAUUAUCUAAAUAUCGUAUAGUUAGUAUUUCGAGUGACGAUGAGCCACUGUCAAAAUAUAUGGCUGUAAGAAAUCAAACUCAUACACCUGUAGAUCAAGACUCAAACAAGCGAGAUAGUUAUGUGGAACAGGCCUGCAAGGUUAUUUCCUGUCAAGCAGAAGUACUUAGUAGUUGUUUUCGUUGCUCUACUCUGCUGUGCAUCGACCAUUUUCAAAGUGAAGACAUCCUGUAUUUCUCACAAAAAUCGAGCAAAUGAAGAUAACAU